CCCAGCCUGCCUGGAAAAUGGCGGCGCCCAGCGGCCAGGUGGCGGCUGUGGAUUUCGGUUCAUGGCUGGAGCGUAGGUUAGAAGAUCUUGGGAUGGACCCGGCCGUGUAUCCGGCCUAUAUCCAGGGAGUCCUGCGAGAGGAGGAAGAUGGGGACGAGAGAGACGAGGCACUGCGAGGAAUCCUGGCUGCCUUUCUGGAAGAAGACUCCUUGGAAGAAGUGUGCCUUGAAAUUGUCACAAAGUGGACUGACUUUCAGAACUCCAUCCCAGUGGAAACAACAAAAGAUGAGGUGCAGGCUCUCACCAGUAUGAUAGAAAAGCAGGCGCAAAUUGUGGUGAAGACCAGAGAGGUGUCGGAAGAGGAGCAGCAGAGGAAGGCUGCUCUCCUAGCACAGUAUGCCAAUGUUACAGAUGAAGAGGAUGAAGAUGAGGAAAAUGAAAUUAAUGGAGCAUCCGCCAUCAACCCUGAGAAAUCACUGUUUAAGAACACAAACCUUGAAGACGUUCUCAGUGCUCGAAAGCUGGAGCGCGACACCAUGCGUGAAGCCGGUCAGAAGAAAAAAGAGCAGGACAAGCAACAGAGAGAGAAUCAGAAAAUGUCCAAGCAAGAGCGCAAAGACAAAGAGAAGAAGCGCACACAGAAGGGAGAGCGCAAGCGAUAAAUUUGCAGCUACCAUAGACUAAAGCAAGGGCGGAGUAACUGGCUACAAGGCUGCUCUAUGUGUGCAGCUACAUCAGGUUUAUGGGAUGCACCAUAUUUUAUGAUUAUUGGGAAGGGAAGUCAGAGCUGCUCUGCUGCCCCCUCUCUUCUGGGAGUACAAAGCCUCUUUGGGGUUGCUGCAGGAUUUACAAAACUUCAAUAUCACCCAGCAUGCACCAGCAAACAGUCUUCACGUCCUGGGGCCCCUACUUAUACUUGCACACACAAUACACGAGAGGGCAUGGGAUGAGUUCAGUGGGAAGAACCGAAUUCUUUUGCUGCUUUAUACACUCUGCUGCCAGAAGUGCCUGAAAGCCCUGCUAUUGAGGGCUGUGUCUGGCCGCAGAGGGGUUCAUGUACGCCCUCUAUCUGUGGUGCUCCACUCCUUUUCCUUCCCCUCAGCACUGAAUGGAAAAUUAUUUAUACAUUUGUAAAUUGGUGUCUCAAAUAAACACUGCCCGGCAAACUGAA